UUUAGUUGACUACCGAAACCAGAGCAGAACGGGUGGCGUAGCGCGAAAUCUUGCCACGGUUGUCAGUUGGCUGCUCGAUGUGUGCAGCAAAAGGACAGACCGACCGACCGACCGACCGCGAAUUGGUUGAUGCAAAACACAAACUAACAGGCGGCUAAGUUUCGGUCGUCAGGUUGCCAUAGGUGCAGUGUGCGAACAUUUUAGGGAAACAAAGCAAGCUAACCGGAGCGCGGUUGACAGUUUGCCUCCGGGAUAAGUUUCUCGUGUCCUCGGAAAGAAAAUAAGUUGUUAGCUUUCAACUGGCAAUGGGCCGGGGAAGGGUGUAAAAUUGUGCUGUUAUAAAGCUUGAUACGGUUCAUGCGAUGUGUGAUUGAAGGUGAUUAAUUAGCCUGUCGGUAAGAAAUGGUUUCUCUUUGUAACGAUCAAUCGGUUGUGUCAGGCGUGUAACCAGAAUGUCAUCGUAGAAUGGGAAUUCAAGAAAAGUGUGAUUUUCAUUAAUGUGCUUGGUCGAUAGUUAGUGAUACAUGAAGCACAGUGCGUUUCCAGUCGUAACACUCCACACUGCGGCUUGGCUACAAGAGUUUGAUGAUUGGAAGAAGACGUGUGAAAAUAUCGGUACUAACUAAUCUGCAGUAGCUACAUAUUUUUAACUUUUGCACGUAAUACAAUUCAAACAAGACACAGCUGUGCAGGUACCGAUUAUAGUAUUACAUCAGAGUCACGUAGAUCCGGCCGGAAUUUAGCGUGGGGCAUCCCGUACAGGAAACCACCCCCGAAGUGUGCUCUACUUUGACCGAUCAGUUUAGGAAAAUCAGAAGCAGAGCAGAGCACUCACCAAAGCAGACGGAAGGGAAAUAGUAAAAAUCACAACCCCAAAAAAGGGGUCAAACGACAAAAGCUCGACCUUACUCCGGUCAGUUGGAACAAAAGUGGUUCAUUUCCAUCAAGAUAUAGUAGCAGACGGACAAAGCAAAGGGAGGGAGAGGCUGGGUACGGUACACCUUUGCCACCCACGGCGCGGACGGACGGCAGAGCUUCACCAUCAGUAGUUCAGAAUGGAGACGAUUAACAAGGAAAAUAUACAAAUAGGUGAUAAUGGUGGACCAACGGCCAUAGUAGCGGCAGCAGCGGUAGCCGGCCCUGCACUCACACCACCAGCGGCGACAGCGUCGAUGACGGUUUUCGAGCUGGGAGAAGAAAAGUCCCAAAUCGAGAAAUCAGUUCACUCUCAGUCACAGUCGCCGUUGCAGCAGCCAGCGAAUACGGGAUUACGCGCCUGGUUCCGCAAGUCAAACACUUGUGGCAGUUUGUACGUGAAGUGUAGUUGCAGCUCCUUGGGUGGAGGACCGCACGCCACGACCGGAGAAGGGGUGGCCAAAGGUGUGGGCAGCAAUAGUCGCAAUCGCAGUAGGCCUUUUUCGACAUCGGAGAAGGAUUUUCGCAAGAUCAAGGUACUCCAUGCUUUCGCACAUCCCGACACGACUACUUUGUUCACGCACGAGAACAAAUACGCGAAUAACAUUAGCGAAUCACCGACACGGGCGCUGAUAACUUCUGCCCAAGCUGGAGAGUUUGAAGUUCUGCACUCGACACAUUCCAAGCGGCUGUCGAUUCCGAACAUCGAUCCGGACUAUGCGUUUCAUCCGGAGUUCGUACUCAAGAAGGUAGCACCGAAUAGCAACGGGUUCAGUAAAGAAGGCAAAUCUGCGUCCGUUUCCAUUCCGUCGGCUCGACGAGGUUAUUUGAAGAAAGGAUCCAAAAGCUUCCCAGGACUAUCGCCAUCCGACAGUAGCGUAGAUUCGAUACUGCGCUCCUUUGCGCAAAACUAUUCCGAGUCUUCGAGUGUAGACGAAGUGAAUGAAGAAGAAGAGCAGCAGAAUUGUCAAAGUUGUGGAACCGAAGAGCUAAGCAGUUCACAGGAUUCGUAUGUGUCGUUUACUGCAGAGGAAAAUCCUAGUCGAAGUUCAUUUAGCAAUCGCAACAUCCGACAACUCUCACUCAAGUAUGCCGGAAUCGGUAGUGGUGACAGUGAAGAACCUGACCUAGCGAAAGACGAUAAAACUGUCUGUGAAAGUGAUAUUCAAUUAGUGGAGAACAAGCGAAGUAUUCCGAUUCCAACGAGCAAAGCGAAUGUUAGUGGUGUUUUAGCAACUCCAGGUACCAGCAGUAGUGAUAUUAUUUGUGAUAGCGCUCAAAGUAUUUGUAAUAGCGACAGUAGUAGCAAUGAGAGUAGCCCACGGAGCCCACCGUCGCAGUUGUUGAAUCCGACUCCGUGUUCCUCGGCGGGUCGAACCGUCAAACCAAAGCUAGACUCUUCAGCGCAUGAGUUCUUCAUACUGUCCGGUAUACUAGGACCAAUGGGCAAUGGAUCGUCACUCAUGCGGAAAACCUCCAAGAUUGUGCCGAAUGUCGACGCACCGGUCAAGGAGAAGAUCCGCAAAAACUCAAAACUACUGUACGGCAAACGAACGGUCCUAGCGAAUGGGCGGCGGAAAUCCAUUCCACCCGCCAGCAACUCGGACAGCUUUCAGUCGUACGGAAGCACACCGACGCUGUCCGGUGACAACCGCAAAACGCUGGAAGAGGAAAUCGUUGGACUGCGGCAGCUGCUGAAUACUCGCGAUGAAGAAAUUAGCAAACUAAAGCGAGAGAUCGAUAAACUAAAAAGCGUCCUCCAGCAAACAACAACAACCAGCAUGCAUCUGCCACAGCAGGAGAAUUCGACGUCGGCGCUCAACGCUAAAAUUCAUCAUGUUGUCGAGGGCGAUCUGCUGUCCAGUAUUCAGACCAACUACGUUAUGGCCGGACAGCAGCUGCCCAUGUCGGAACUGUAUCGUAUCUCCGGGAAGGGUUUCAAUUUGGUUCAUUCCAACAACGAUAGCAAUGGCACAAGUGGUUCUCCGAGCAGUACCUUUAACUACAACAAAAACAAGGGAGCCACGCUGAUGGCAAUGAAGAAGCAGGGUGUCUCCGGGGAAAGCUGCGAACUGAUGGGCAACCCGUCUGAUAUUAAGAUUCCUAAAUACGAAAAGGAUUAUAGCGCUAAACAGCUCAUCAAGGACGCAAUUUUGGAGAAUGAUUUCUUCAAAAACAUCGAUUCGCUGCAAAUUCGCGAAAUUGUUGAUUCGAUGUACAGUCGCGAGUACCACAGUGGCGAGUACGUGAUCCACGAGGGUCAGGCGGGAUCCCACCUGUACGUUUCGGCCGCUGGAGAGUUUGAGGUGCUGAAAGAUGGUCGGUUUCUAGGAUUGAUGGGUCCCGGGAAGGCGUUCGGAGAGCUGGCUAUUCUGUACAAUUGCACCCGGACGGCUUCGAUUAGAGUUUUGUGUGAUUCCCGAGUAUGGGUUCUGGAUCGACGGGUUUUUCAGCAGAUUAUGAUGCGAACCGGAAUGCAGCGGAUUGAGGAAAAUGUAAACUUUCUGCGGUCGGUGCCGCUGUUGAAGAAUCUAAGCAACGAUGUACUUACCAAAAUUGCUGACGUGUUAGAAGUGGAAUUCUACCCAGCUGGAGCGUACAUCAUCCGUCAAGGAGCAGCUGGCGACACAUUCUUCCUAAUCAGCCAGGGUACUGUGAAGGUCACGCAGCGUUUACCAGGGUGUGCCGUCGAGGAGGAGAUAAGAAUUCUCGGUCGCGGCGAGUACUUUGGCGAGAAGGCUCUCAUCAAGGAGGACAAACGAACGGCAAACAUUAUUGCCAUGUCGCCGGGAGUGGAGUGUCUCACGCUGGAUCGAGAGUCCUUCACCAAACACAUCGGAGAUCUGUGCGAGCUGCACGAAAAAGACUACGGUGAUGCCGAGCGGGUGUUGGCUUUCCGCAAUUUGGAGAAUAAUUUGCCCGCGUUGGACGCGGUUAAACCGGAAUUGUUGGACGUGGAACUUUCCGAUCUGGAGAUAGUGGGGACAUUGGGCGUUGGUGGCUUCGGUCGGGUUGAACUGGUUAAAUUGGAGCGCAAUGGGGUUAUUCAAGUGUACGCGCUCAAGUGUAUGAAGAAGAAACAUAUCGUGGAUACUCGACAGCAGGAGCACGUGUAUAGCGAGCGGAAAAUCAUGCUGGCCUGUCACAGUCCCUUCAUCUGCCGAUUAUAUCGGACGUAUCGAAACGACAGGUGCGUUUACAUGUUGCUGGAGGCCUGCAUGGGCGGUGAGGUUUGGACAAUUCUUCGAGAUCGAUCGUACUUCGAUGAUGGAACGGCUAAAUUCAUCGUCGGGUGUGUGUUGAAGGCGUUUGAAUUCUUACACGCUAGGGGGAUCGUGUACCGAGAUCUGAAACCGGAAAAUCUGCUGCUGGAUUCGAAGGGAUACGUGAAAUUGGUGGAUUUUGGAUUCGCAAAAUUUAUCGGAUACAGCAGUAAGACGUGGACGUUCUGUGGAACCCCCGAAUAUGUUGCACCUGAGAUAGUUUUGAAUAAGGGACACGAUCGGUCAGUUGAUUACUGGGCACUGGGAGUGCUGAUACAUGAACUACUGACAGGAAUACCCCCGUUCGCAGCAGCUGACCCGAUGAAAACGUACAACAUCAUCCUGAAGGGAAUCGAUAUGGUGAACUUCCCAAAGCACAUGUCCCGCUCGGCAAUCAGUUUGAUCAAACGGCUCUGUCGGGACAUUCCCUCGGAACGUUUGGGCUACCAGCGUGGAGGAGUUCAGGAUAUUAAGAAGCACAAAUGGUUCCAGGGCUUUGACUGGGAAGGACUUGCAAACCAAACGCUCAAAUCGCCACUGCAGCCGAAGCUAAAGGGACCAUUGGAUUUGUCUAAUUUUGACUUCUUUCCAACUGACACCGAGACGCCGCCGGACGAGAACUCGGGCUGGGAUGUUGAUUUUUAAAGGAAUAAAAACUUUCUAAAUUUUUGCUACGAAAUUUUAGUUUCUAGAAAUUUGUCUAGCCUUACGCUAUAAGCAAUGUGAGACGCGAUGCAAUAAAAUGGAUGGAAAGCUUAUUGUUCCGUACUGUAGAGUAGAGUGCACGGAAUAGAACCCAGUGGCCUUAGUUCGGUAUGAUUGGAAUAUUAUCUAUCGUUGUUAUGGAUAUAUAAAAAAUUGGUAUCUAUAAAUAGAAAGUUGAAUUUAAGUAUUUGAUAAGCUUUAUUGUAUCGGUUUAUUGGAAUGAUAAAUCAUUGGAACUAA